UUCCUUCGAUGUCCCUAGAUAGCUGAGUGUAAACGGAGCGUGAUUUUUUCUCCAGAUAGAAUAUAUAAAACUCUGGUAGUUCCAGCAGCUAAUAUCAUAAACUUUAGGUCCUCACUAGCAUCGCUUAAGCAGUGAUAAUGAAUUACCCUAAGAUUCUUUUACUUUUCUUCACGCUUGCAGUUAUUGCUGACUUUACUAAAUGUGCAGAAGAGUCCGGUAACAAAAUUCAGAAUACUACAAAAGUGAAUAGUCGAUCUGGUAGAAAGGAUUAUGCCAUCUACAGUCCUCCAGAUACGUAUGCUUCUCAGAAGACUCCUACACCCACCUAUUAUGUGCCUGAAAGUCCUUAUAAAGAGGAAGGGGAUGCCACAUUUCGACACUGGUAUCAAUUACAGGCUAUCAGAAGAUGAUAAAACACCCCCAUCUUCCCCUCCAGUGUACUCUCCAGCAACGUACGAUGAUUACGUACCCGUAGGGUUUUAUAAACCUCCUCUACCUCCACGACCACCACGUUAUUAUUCACCAAAAGGUGGAAUGUAUAAAAGUGGAUCAAGCGUUAACUGGAAUGUCUGGAAAGGGGAUCAGCCCGACAGUACAGAUACAAGCAGUGUCAUCGAUAACUCUAAAGGUGGACCUCCUCCAGAUUUUGACUCCUAUUAUUUUCCAACAGGAAUUUAUAAAGGCGAUCCCUGGACGCCCACACCCGAUCAAAUGUCUGCUAUGAUGAUGAUGAUGAAUCAAAUGCAAGCACCUUCUAAACCUAAAUUUGGAGGAUUUUUAGCCAAGCUUACUCAAGAACCCAUUGCUCUUUUAUUGGCAGCUAUUUUACCGUUCACUAUCCUUCUCGCUGCAGUUUUACCUACUUUGGUGAAUAUGAUGAUGAACGGAGGCUUACCUAUCGUAACAACAACAGCAACGGGUAACAACGGUCGAAGCCUAGAUGGAGCAGAGUUUCUUAAACCCGUCAUCGAAGCUAUUAAUACUUUCGGAGCAAGAUCAUUCGAUAGUCCUGAUUGCAUGCAGAAAAUAUUUUGCCAGAUCACUAAAGGACCUGCGGGAAACGGUACAGAAUCUAGAUCGUUUCAAAAGGCGUUGUACAGAGUUUCAACUCUUGUAGACAAACACUGGUUAGACACUUUUGGCGUGAAGACAUUAUUCGACUCCAUGCAGGAUGGCAACUGUGAAAAAAUUCCUUGUUCAAAGCAGAAACCAGCACCAAGGGCAAAUCAAAGUAAGACUGACAAAGAAAAAAAUGUACAUAAUUUCAAGUCAUAGUAUCCUUAAGUGUAAAACAUUUAUUUAUUUAUCUGAGCUUUUAAAGAGUUUGAAGAAAAGUGUGUAAAUAAACAAAUUUCAUCUGCCU